UUCAGUUGGAGAUUCCAAAGCAGCUAUUUGAUCCAAAUGUGUUAAAUGCGUGGAUGGUUUUGUUUUUAAAUGUUUUGGAGAGACCUGUCCCUGUGGAUGGUCAGCCCGUAGACCCUGACCUCAGGAAAACAUGGGGUUGGUGGAAGGUGAAGAAAUGGACUGUUCACAUUUUAAACAGGCUGUUCACCAGUAUUUCGAAGAUAAGUAUGUAUAAUCUUCUGCAACCUCGACUUGAGGUUAUUCUCUUUGAGAUAGUAUUCCCUCUUAUGUGCUUCAAUGACAAUGAUCAGAAGCUUUGGGAUGAGGACCCUCAUGAGUAUGUUAGAAAAGGCUAUGAUAUCAUUGAAGACUUGUAUAGUCCAAGGACUGCUUCGAUGGAUUUUGUCAGCUAGUUAGUUAGGAAACGUGGAGAAAAUCUUCCAUAGUUUAUCCAGUUUA